GUGGAAGAGUGGGCAUGAGACACAUACGGUGCGCAAGGAACGGCAAACAUGUGGGUUGAAACCGGAUACGUACAUGUACAGUACGAGACGAAAGACUCGAAAACAUGUGUGACGACGCGACGGGCCGACAACAACCGACUCAACAGACGAAAAGACACUGAGGUCGCCACUCGAAGACGCAGCACGCAUGCCUAUGCCUGUCGUCAACCGCAAGACCGGCGCUCAGGCAGCCCAGGCUUCUGCGGCAGGGCACGAUGGCCAGGCAUCACGGCCAACAUCACUCCCGUCGAGCCCGUCGGUGAUGGCUCGCGUUGCCGGGCUACCCUAUGACCUCCUAUUCAACCCAACCCACUACUGGGCCCUCGCCGGCCUCCUACUGGUCUUCGAAAGCCUAUUGAACGUGGCCAUAAUCCAUAAAGUUAGCUAUACGAAUAUCGACUGGGUCGCAUAUAUGCAGGAGGUGGAAGGGUUCCUGGCUGGAGAGCGCGAUUAUGUGAAUUUGAAGGGCGAGACGGGGCCGUUGGUAUAUCCAGCAGGCUUCGUGUAUGUCUAUUCAGCAUUAUGGCAUGUCACAUCUCAGGGGACGAACGUACGGCUAGCGCAGUAUAUCUUUGCGGGCCUGUAUUUGGUGACGAUGGGGGUUGUUAUGGUCGUUUAUCGUAGGGCACUUCCGAACCAAGGGGCGUAUUCGCUCAUCCCCCUCGUCCUUUCGAAAAGGCUCCACUCGAUAUACACUCUACGGUUAUUCAACGACACUGUGGCCAUGCUGCCUCUGUACAUAUGCAUCUUGGCCAUGUCACGACGGAGGUGGACGCUUGCGACUGUGUUCUACAGUCUUGCUCUGUCGAUAAAAAUGAACAUCCUCUUAUUCGCACCUGGAAUGGCACUCCUAACCUAUCAAGCUCUCGGGCUUCGGAAAUCGAUACGGAACGCUGGCAUCGUUAUCGCAAUCCAGGUCGUCCUUGCCCUACCCUUCCUCACCACCCACGCGACGUCGUACCUCUGUCGAGCCUUUGAUUUUGGCCGCGCGUUCUUCUACAAGUGGACCGUCAACUGGCGCUUUGUGGACGAAGGCACGUUUCUGAGCCGGCGAUUCUCACGGACGUUGUUGGUUGCGCACGUGUUCCUUUUGCUCGUGUUUCUUGUUAAGUGGUGUGCGCCGUUUGGGGGCGUUCGGAAUGUGGUCGCGCAGGGGCUUGCGAGGACAUCAAAGACAGGAAGGAAGCCGCUUCCCGCAGAACAUAUCGUCCUCGUGAUGUUCAUCUGCAACCUUAUCGGCAUCACAUGCGCGCGCUCGCUUCACUACCAGUUCUGGUCCUGGUACGCGCAUACUGUGCCGUACCUCGUCUGGCUGCCUGUAAGAAGAACGACCACGCCCGUCGGCGCCGGCGUUGGUGUCAUCGUAAGAAUCAUCGCCUGCGUAGCACUUGAAUACGCGUGGAACGUGUAUCCCUCGACGAACAUUUCGUCGGGUAUCAUGCUGGCCGUGCAUGCAGGGAUGUUACUGAAACUCCUACUGGCGCCGCCGGUCGUUGUUGCGCCGACGCCUUCGCGUAAGAGCGAAGCGCCGAAGUUGUCGUGAGGGGAGGGACAACCGGGCCAUGUGGCUACCGUUUCAUCUGCCUGCUAGCGCACUGUACAUAGAAACUCUCCAUCACAAUGACGUUUAUCGACCUUAUCACACUGUGCAAGUUGAGGGUUCAUGUGUGCAUAUCGGCCUGCAAAACGAAGGACACAUGUGAAGCU